AGUUUAUGGCCCAGCCUGUGCCCCUGAUCCAGGCACAGCCGGGCCCUGGCAUGGAGGCUGUGGAGCCGGUUCCUCCAGCAGUGGACCUGGUGUUGGGUGCCUCCGCCUGCUGCCUGGCCUGUGUGUUCACCAACCCUCUGGAGGUGGUGAAGACGCGGCUGCAGCUUCAGGGAGAGCUGCAGGCCCGGGGUACCUACCCUAGACUCUACCGUGGCUUGGUGGCCUCCGUGGCUGCUGUGGCUCGAGCAGAUGGCCUGUGGGGCCUGCAGAAGGGGCUGGCCGCCGGCCUCCUCUACCAAGGGCUCAUGAAUGGUGUCCGAUUCUACUGCUACAGCCUGGCAUGCCAAGCUGGCCUCAGCCAGCAUCCAGGGGGCACUGUGGUUGCAGGCGCCGUGGCUGGGGCACUGGGAGCGUUUGUGGGGAGCCCUGCUUACCUGGUCAAGACGCAGCUGCAGGCCCAGACGGUGACCGCCAUGGCCGUGGGGCACCAGCACCAGCACCAGAGCGUCCUUGGUGCCUUGGAGACCAUCUGGCGGCGGCAGGGCCUGCUGGGACUGUGGCGGGGCGUUGGCGGGGCGGUGCCCCGAGUCAUGGUGGGCUCGGCCACCCAACUGUCCACCUUCGCCUCUGCCAAGGCCUGGGUGCAGGAGCAACAGUGGCUCCCGGAGGAAAGCUGGCUGGUGGCCCUGGCGGGGGGCAUGAUCAGCAGUGUGGCUGUUGCUGUUGUCAUGACCCCCUUCGAUGUGGUCAGCACACGGCUGUACAAUCAGCCCGUGGAUGGAGCUGGCAGGGGACAACUGUAUGGGGGCCUCGCCGACUGCCUGGUGAAGACCUGCCAGCAGGAGGGCCCCUCAGCGCUCUACAAAGGCCUCGGCCCUGCCUACCUGCGUCUGGGCCCGCAUACCAUCCUCAGCAUGCUCUUCUGGGACGAGCUGCGAAAGCUUGCCAGCCGGGCCCGGCACUCAGACACCUAGGCCUUGUCCCUCAGCCCAACCUGACCGUCCCACACAUGCCAGGGCAAUGGCCCAGGUCCUGCACAGGUUGGGGAAGGUGCCGACCACUCAGUCCUCCAGCCUCUGAGGCCCAGCAUCCUCUCUGAGCACCUCUCCUCCUCAUGCCCCUCCGUCCUGGGCCGGCACACCCCAGCACUGGCUCGUUCUCAGGAGUAGCUUCGGCACCAGUACUGCCACGAGUGGCACCACCCUGCUACUCCAGCUUGCCACAGGCAAGGUCCUUCCACCCCAGGGAAGCUGAGGCCAGGACAGUAAACGAGGUCCUGGCCAAAGCCACACAGCUGUGGAGUGGCAAAGCCAGGACUGAAACUCAGCUCUGCCUGCUCAGACCUGGGCUUUUGAUAAAAGCACUGCCAUACCAGGUCAGUGGGGCUGGAGGGUCCCGUAGCAGCCCCUACCUGGGUGAGGAGACCCUGGUGUCCUCGCUGUCUUGGUUCUAACAGGGUGCUACACAGUCCAGGACUUAAGCACUAGAAAUUUAUUUCUCCCAUCUGCGGGCUGCAAGGUGGAAACUAAGAUGUUGAUAGGGCUCAUUUCUCUCCUUCUUUCCCCUCCCCUUCUCCCUUUCUCUUCCUUCCUUCUUUCUUUCCUUCCUUCCUCUUUCUUUCUCUCCCUUCCCUCCUGACACUCAGAGUAGAAUGCAGGACCUUGACUUGCUGGCCGCACCCUCUAGCAGGGAGCUACAGACGGCCCAGGACUGCUUUCUCCUGAGGCUCCUGUCCUGGGCUUGUAGAGGCCACCUUCUCCUUGCGUCCACCGUGGCUGUCCUGUGUGUCCUGUGCCUAUGUCCUAAUCUCCUCUUAGAAGGACACCAGUCAGUCAUGUUAGACUCCAUCUUAACCAAGAGGUUAUUUUGCCACCUUCAACAAGCAGUCACAGCCCGGGCUGGGGGAUUUGGGGAUGUAAUUCACUAGGCACCAUCAGAGGGCCUUUACUGAGGGCCUCCUGAGGGUUCUGAAAGGGAGCUUGGGGAGAGUGGCAGGGUGGAGCCAGGAACAGAGGGAAGAGCGUGCCCCUUUUCCAGAGGCAGCCACUCUCCCCCUCGGGCAGGUGUCUUCCCACUCUACCCCUCACCCCCACCUGUGCUGACCUUUGUACCGCAAGGUAGACACAGCGCCUCACCAAGGCAGACAGCCCUGUCACAGCCCGUGAUCUUCACUGCCACAGCGUGUCCCCCCACACACU